AUGGACAUCCUUGAUAAAUAUUUCACGGAGAGGGACAAACAAUGCAUUUUAGCUAUCCCCCUUAGUGAAAGAGAGCAAAAUGAUAGUUUGAUUUGGGCUUUUUCCAAGUCAGAGGAGUACACUGUAAGUUCUGCUUAUUUGCUCGGGAAAGGAUGCGAGAUUGAUAACUUCCAUCAAGCGUGGGUUGAGAUUUGGAAGGCGGAUGUGUCUCCGAAAGUUAGACAUUUCUUUUGGAGAUUAUGUACCAACACCCUCCCUGUUAAAAGUCUUCUGCAUUUCAGACAUCUUACAACGGAUGUGGCAUGCCCCUGGUGUGCCACCGAAGCUGAAACUGUGAACCAUGCCUUUGUUGGUUGUUGGCGAGUGCGUGAAUUAUGGGAUGAUUGCAGAUGCUCGUUGAUGGCAAAAUGGGGUGAGUAUGAUUCUUUUUGCGAUCUUGUAGUGAGUUGGAAGGGUCUCGAACCAAGGACCAUUCAAAGAGGGAUGUUCCUUGCUUGGUGUAUAUGGGGAGAAAGGAACAACAAGGUGUUCCAGAACAAAUCAACACCAAAUGCUGUUCUUGUAGAACGAGUGGGCAGAUAUGUCGAAGAGCAAGGAAAAUACGCAGCUCGAAUUUAUGGGGCUGCUGGUCUUCGUUCUCCUCCAAGUCCAAGCAGAUGGCACGCACCUCCCGCAAAUAUUGUCAAAAUAAACGCAGAUGCUAGCCUCGCAGAUGAAGGUUGGGUUGGCCUUGGAGCUGUGAUUCGAGAUCAUGAGGUGAAGUUAAUUGUUGCAGCAACAAGGAGGCAUCGGGCCUUUUGGUCCCCUGAAAUUUCAGAAGCUAAAGCACUAUUAUUUGCUCUGAAGCUUGGUAGAAGAUAUGGCUUUCAGGAGGUAAUUCUGGAAUCAGAUUGCAAAUUGAUCAUUGAGAAACUCACGAAAAAAUCAGCAGCCUUGGAGAUGGAUAUGGUACUAGGUGACAUUCUUGCAUUGUGCUCGAAUUUCAUGUCUGUCAAAUGGUCUCACGUGAGACGAGAUGGUAAUUGUGUCGCUCAUAAUUUAGCAAAAUUUGUUCCUUUUGGAUUUGAACAAUUGUGGGAAAAUCAUGUUCCCCAAGAGAUUUCCUCCUUUGUACUUAUGGACUCUUUGUCCCUUGAUUAA